AUGCCGAGAGCACAUGGAAAUGCAUACAUGGGCAAGUUAUUGGCAAAAUUAGACGAAAAAGAUAAACGAGACGAUCCUAAUGGGAAUGACGAAGAGUGCGUCAUUUGUAUGGGUGCUAAAGCAACUAUGCAAACCUUUCCAUGUUCACAUAAAGUUGUAUGCCGAAAAUGUUUUAUAAAGACUAUCCAAGUGGCCGUUUCGCAACGCAGCCUACCAUUACGUUGUGUCAUAUGUCGAGCGAGAAUUUUGAAAUUACGCCAAGCAGCACUACCAAAAGUUGCCGUCACAACACCAACGAAUGCAGUAGCUCGAACUAUGCCUAAAUCACCUAGUCUUUUCCAAUGUGUCAAGUAA